GGAUCAGGUCACGUGGUCUCACAAGAUGGCGACUUCGGUGCUGGGAUGUAAGGAGUGAAGCGGAGCUCCGGAGAAGCGCUCAGCACGGCCACCGGUACCGGAUCGCCUCUAGUCCCUGCGCACGUGCGUCUCCCGCGCUGUCGGAGACGCUGCGAACGAAAGUUUAGCUCGGCGGCGGCUUGCAGCAACGCGGCCCCCCACCGAGCAAUCCAUCUAACCCUUCUCCUCCAGAAUAUAAGGCUGUUUGUCGCACAAUCGGGCUCUCACCUCAUGGAACGGAUCUAAACGAGGCGUGUGUAGUUCAAAGCGUUGUGCGUCUGGAUCAUUGGCUGAGAUGGCCAUCCAUGUGUUCGAUAAUGACGAGUACAGACCGCCCGUGUGGAAGUCCUACUUGUACCAGCUCCAGCAGGAGGCGCCGCAUCCACGCAGAGUCACCUGCACAUCUGAGGUGGAGAACCGGCCGAAGUACUAUGGACGAGAGUAUCAUGGGAUGAUCUCCAGAGAGGAGGCAGACCAACUGCUCAGUGUGGCCGAGGGAAGUUACCUGAUCCGAGAGAGCCAGAGACAGCCGGGCACAUACACGUUAGCUCUACGCUUUGGGAAUCAGACCCGCAACUUCCGUCUGUUUUACGAUGGGAAGCAUUUUGUGGGAGAGAAGCGCUUCGAGUCCAUCCACGAUCUGGUAACAGACGGCCUGAUCACGCUCUACAUCGAGACCAAAGCCGCCGAAUACAUAUCUAAGAUGACCAUCAACCCCAUCUACGAGCACGUGGGCUACACCACCCUGAACCGCGAGCCGGCGCUGAAGAAGGCCCUGCCCGUCUGCAGAGACCUGCCCGAUGGGAAGGACUCGGCCGGAGAAGACACCGCUCUGGAGGAGAGGCUCACGUCGCUGGUCCGUCGAGCCACGCUGAAGGAGAGCGAGCGGGCGCCCAAGUACGAGAAAGUCCACAACUUCAAGGUGCACACCUUCAGAGGACCGCACUGGUGCGAGUACUGCGCCAACUUCAUGUGGGGACUCAUCGCUCAGGGAGUCAAAUGUGCAGACUGUGGGUUGAACGUUCAUAAGCAGUGCUCUAAGAUGGUGCCCAACGACUGCAAACCGGACCUGAAGCACGUGAAGAAGGUUUACAGCUGUGAUCUCACCACGCUCGUCAAGGCUCAUAACUCCAAACGACCCAUGGUGGUGGACAUGUGCAUACGAGAGAUCGAAUCACGAGGUUUGAAGUCGGAGGGCCUCUAUCGAAUCUCUGGGUUCAGCGACUUAAUUGAAGACGUGAAGUUAUCGUUUGACAGAGAUGGAGAUAAAGCAGACAUCUCCGUCAACGUCUAUGAAGACAUCAACGUCAUCACAGGUGCUCUUAAACUCUACUUCAGGGACCUGCCGAUCCCCGUCAUCACGUAUGACGCUUAUCCACGCUUCAUCGAGGCUGCCAAGCUGACAGAUCCAGACGAGCGCUUGGAAGCUCUGCAUGAAGCUCUGAAGCAGAUGCCUCCCGCUCACUGCGAAACCCUGCGACACCUGAUGGCACACUUAAAGAGGGUAACUCAGAACGAGAAGGAUAACCUGAUGAACGCUGAGAAUCUGGGGAUCGUGUUCGGCCCGACCUUGAUGCGAGCGCCGGAUCUGGACGCCAUGACCGCUCUGAACGACAUCCGCUACCAGAGGCAGGUGGUGGAGUUACUCAUCAAGAACGAGGACAUCCUCUUCUAGCGGCGCGGCGCCGCUCUCUUCCGCCGGGACCCUCAUAUGAAGGACUCUUGUAUUAUAGCGCAUUUUUUUGGACCAGUACGUACUAACGCUCCUCCCUGUUCCGAUGGGUUCCGUUCCUGUUUCUUGCAUGUCUUCCUCCCCAUUUUUGUCGGGGGUCGCUGAAGCUGAGGUUGUACGACGUACCUCAGCAUUAUUAUGGGAUGGCAUCGCUCAAAAGCGGUGGAGUCCGGCAGAUCGGCUUUUCUGGGUUUUUUUUUUUUGUUUGUUUUUGUAAAACACUGUGCAUUUUGAUAUCGUACGUUUUUGGAGGCGCUUUACCUGAAGAGCCGUAAAUAAAGAUGCUGAGAUUAUGUAAAUAAUCUCUUCAAACGAUAUACAAACUCUUGUUCAGACAAUCCUCGGCUGUCAUUCGUACUUAUUCAUAGAGGUUGGCUAUUGCUGUAAUGUUAAUCUUUGACACGUUUAUGGCUCAGCGGGGAAAGUGCCGCCAGGGUUUUUUCAAAAAUCUGUGAUUUGUUUUUAUUUUUGGUUGUUUUUUUACUCCUUCGUCAGGUUGAUCUGACUCUGUUCUGCCUUCACGUGCCGUCACUUCUGCUGUACUGUACUACAGGAAGAAUAUUUCCAGUCCAUGUACAUUUUCAGGAUCCUUGACCUUAGCCUUUAGAAAACUUCUUACGCUCACAUGACUUCUCGAUGUUUUUCGGUUUUGUGUUUUUGUAUUUGAUUUCAGCAUGAAUACGUUAAUUUAUUAAAAUUUACUUUUA